AUGGAGGAACCCAAAUCCACAGGCAUCUAUAUCGAGAACGUAGCAGUAGCGCACGACCAGGGCAUCCAUCACGUCGGACUGCAUGCUCAUGAGAUCCAUCACGAUCUUGUAGCCGCUGAGGCGGUUGGUGGCCACGUAAAUGAUCUCCCGAAGGGCUACUACUGGAGUCCCAGCUUCAUUGGCACGUUUGUUGCGACAUGCUUAGCACAAAUAUCUGGCUACCUCGGCUGGGUGCUUCCGGCAAAUACCAUCUCCCUAGUGAUUGCCUCCUUGGGCCCCUCGCCCAAUGCCAUCUGGCUCGGCGUGUCCUGGACUACUGGUGCUGCUGUUGGAUUUGCGCUUGUGGGCAGGCUGUCUGAUAUCUUUGGCCGACGAUGGUUCUUCACGUCAGUAACGGUGAUGGCUCUGAUCGGCAAUAUCAUCGGCGCUUCCGCACAGAGCGUGAACAUGUUAAUCGCAACGAACGCGAUCAACGGCCUAGCCGCAGCCGGCCAACUUUCCUUCUUCGUCGUCAUCAGCGAGCUCGUCCCCGACAAAAACCGCGGGCCCUGGAACGCCGUGGUCCUCACGACCAGCUUGCCUUUUGCCGUAUUCGGCCCCCCUGUGGCUCGCGCCCUCUACGAAAAUACAGCUCUUCAAUGGCGCUGGGCCUACAUCCUUGGCAUCAUUGUAAACGGCAUUGCCACCAUACUAUACCUGAUAUUCUACCACCCACCAACCUACGAGCAGCUCCACGUAGGCGGCAAGACGAAGAUGCAGCAACUGAAGUCUCUCGACUGGCUGGGGAUCUUCCUCUUCACCACCGGUCUCACCGUGUUCCUGAUCGGGCUCAACUGGGGCGGCUCGGUGCAUCCGUGGAAGUCGGGACACGUGCUCGGUGCUCUGCUCGCCGGUAUUGUAACUCUGACGCUCUUCUGCGUCUGGGAAGCAUACUGCAACCUCGAUUAUCCGCUUAUUCCGAUGACCUUGUUCAAGAGCAGGGAGUACAAUUGUCUUGUAGCCUGUGCUUCCAUCGGAUGCAUGAUCUACUAUGCUGGCGGCAUCAUUUGGCCGACUAUGGCUGGUGCACUGUUCACGACUGACAUCACAGACGUCGGUUGGCUCUCGUGCGCAGUAGGCGGCGGUCUCCUCCUCGGCCAGAUCAUGGGCGGUUUCGGCGUGCGCUUCAUCCCCAAGAUGAAAUGGCAAAUGACGAUAGCCUCGGUGUUCAUGGUCGCCUUCGUCGCCGCGCUCGCCUCCAGCACGGAGUACACGCGCACGCGCACCGUCGCCUUCUUGAUCCUCGGCACCGUCUCCGCGGGCUACAUCGAGAACAUCACGCUCUCGACCUUCGGCCUCAUCUGGGACCCUGAAGACAUCGGUCUCUCUGCCGGGGCCGCCGGCGCUAUCCGGACGGCUUCCGGCGCUAUUGCUGCGAGUAUGUACUCCAGCAUCUUGAACACGGAAAUGGCGAAGCACCUUCCGCGGUACGUCUCGCCCGCCGCAGCGGAAGCGGGUCUUCCUGAGGCGAGCCUGCCAGCGCUGUUCUCGGGCAUCACGGCGGGGUCUUUCGCGGGAGUGCCAGGAAUCACGGACGAGGUUGUUGUGAGCGUGGGACACGCGGUCAAGACUGCGUACUCGAUGGCGUUCAGGACCGUGUUUCUUUGCACGCUACCGUUCGGGGCGAUCAUCCUGGUUGCGGCGGUGCUGAGCCCGAAUGUAGAGAAGUAUCUUACGGAUGGAGUGGCGAGAAAGUUGCAGGGUGCGGGCAAGAAGGAUGAGAAGGCCGGAGAGGUAUGA